CAGUGCCUGACUUCUGUCAUCUCCAUGGCUGUGUAGGUGCUGGUUCUAUGAAGAGCAUGGCCAGUGAACAUCAAUUAACUUGACAAGGAGAGAAGUAUUCACUUCGGCGAGCUCCUUCUCGGUCGAUUCGUAUUGCCAAACUGCUGUCUCUUGUUUUCUUACAAGAUGAAAGGAGACAGCCAUGAAUGAGCCACUAGACAAUUUUGCAAAUGCCUCUGAUUUCCCCGAUUAUGCGGCUGCUUUUGGAAAUUGCACGGAUGAAAAACUCCCACUCAAGAAGCACUACCUCCCGGUUAUUUACAGCAUCAUCUUCCUGGUGGGCUUUCCGGGGAACGCGGUGGCAAUUGCCACUUACAUUUGCAAGAUGCGGCCCUGGAGGAGCAGCACGGUCAUCAUGCUGAACCUGGCCUGCACGGACCUGCUCUACCUCACCAGCCUCCCGUUCCUGAUCCACUACUAUGCCAGCGGCGAGAACUGGAUCUUCGGGCAUUUCAUGUGCAAGUUCAUCCGCUUCGGUUUCCACUUCAACCUGUACAGCAGCAUCCUCUUCCUCACCUGCUUCAGCAUCUUCCGUUACUUUGUGAUCAGCCACCCGAUGAGCUGCUUUUGCAUCCACAGGACUCGGUGGGCCGUGGUGGCCUGUGCUGGCGUGUGGAUCAUCUCCCUGGUGGCUGUCAUUCCCAUGACUUUCCUGAUCACAUCCACCACCAGGACCAAUAGCUCUGCCUGCCUUGACCUCAGCAGUUCAGAUGACCUCGCCGCCAUCAAGUGGUACAAUCUGGUUUUGACCGCCACGGCUUUCUGCCUUCCCCUGGUGAUAGUGACGCUUUGCUAUGCCACGAUUAUCUACACCCUGAACCGAGGGCCGAGGACUCACAGCGGCCUGAAGCAGAAAGCUCGGAGGCUGACCAUCCUGCUACUGCUGGUGUUUUAUAUAUGUUUUUUACCCUUCCACAUCUUGAGGGUCCUUCGGAUCGAAUCGCGCCUGCUUUCUAUCAGCUGCUCCGUUGAGAAUCAGAUCCACGAAGCGUACAUCUUUUCCAGACCGUUAGCCGCCCUGAACACCUUUGGUAACCUGUUACUGUAUGUGGUGGUCAGUGACAACUUUCAGCAGGCCAUCUGCUCAAUGGUGAGAUGCAAAGCGAGUGGGGACCUGGAGCCAGCGAAAAAAAUCAGUUACUCAAACAACCCUUGACAAACUUCAUUCACCCAACCAAAG